CGUCUUCAACAGUCGUCUCUACACCGCUCCCACCAAGGUUGUCAACAUGGCGACCUCCCUCAUCUCCAACCGAUUGCGCUCCAGGAGGAAUCCCAGGAUGUCGAACCGAGCUGGAUCCGUCGCCAGGUUACUUCUGGACUACAGGCCAUCUCGCGCCGAGCCUGUGUACACCCUAUUCACACAAUUGUUGUGAUUGCUUUACUGGCUAGUACGACCUACGUGGGUCUGCUGGAAGGUAGUCUUUUGGAUACCAAGAACCCCCGGGAUGUUGCCGGACAAGUGGAUGUGGAAGCUUUGCUUCAAGGAAGUCGAAGUCUACGAUUAGGCGAGUCUACCGCAUGGAAGUGGCAGACGGGGGAUAUCUGGACUGAUUCGGCGGACGUUGAGCAGUCAACUGUGAACCACCUGGCCCUGACUACCCUGAUUUUCCCGGACUCUAGCUCCAAAUCUGCCUCUACUGCCCCAGGCGCUGACGGCGUCCCAAUCCCGGCCAACGUCUCUGCCUUCCCUGUCCCGUAUACUCCCAACCUUUUCUCGCCCUUCUCUUACGAUUCUGCCCUCGCCUACACCUCGCCAUUUGAGCAGGUAUCGGAUCUUCUCAAGGCCGUCCAGGAGAUCCCCGACCCCUCCAGCGACGGAGAGGAGAUCGAAUCGAAGAAAUGGAUCAUGAGAGCUGCUCGUGGCGCUGCGGGAUCCCGUACUGCCUUCAAACUGUGGCUGACUGAUGCAUGGAGCUCUUUUGUGGACUUGAUCAAGCAUGCUGAGACCAUUGACAUUGUUAUUAUGACCCUCGGGUACAUCUCGAUGCACCUGAGCUUUGUGUCGCUCUUCUUCUCGAUGAGACGUCUGGGCUCAAACUUCUGGCUGGCUGCGACAGUCUUGUUCUCUGGUUCCUUUGCUUUCCUCUUUGGUCUUUUGGUGACCACCAAGCUUGGCGUGCAGAUCAAUCUUCUGCUGCUCUCUGAGGGUCUUCCCUUCUUGGUUGUGACUAUUGGAUUUGAGAAGCCGAUCAUGUUCACUCGGGCUGUUCUCAAUGCUUCGGUUGAGGGCCGCCGUCCUCGUCCUGGUGCGGCUCCCCGACCUCUGAGUUCCAGCACUUCUGGUUCCAUUCAAGAUUCCAUUGCAACUGCUAUCAAGCAGCAAGGUUUCGAGAUUAUCCAGCAUUACUGCAUUGAGAUUGGUUUGUUGGCCUUGGGUGCUGCUUCUGGUGUUCAGGGCGGUCUUCAGCAAUUCUGCUUCCUCGCGGCUUGGAUCCUUUUCUUCGACUGUGUUCUGCUGUUCACCUUCUACACCACUAUCCUCUGCAUCAAGCUUGAGAUCACCCGCAUUCGCCGCCACGUCGCUCUGCGCAAGGCUCUGGAAGAGGAUGGCAUUACUCACAGUGUUGCUGAGAACGUCGCAUCAAGCAACGACUGGCCUAACGUCGGAUCUGAGAGUGUCGAUGGUGAUACUAGCAUCUUUGGCCGCAAGAUCAAGUCCAGCAAUGUCCGUCGCUUCAAGAUCCUCAUGGUUGGCGGUCUUAUCCUGAUCAAUGUGGUUAACCUGUCCGCUAUUCCUUUCCGUAACACUGGCAACGGUGCUCUUAUCUCUCGUCUCUCUAACUUCAUGGCCCCCACUCCCAUUGACCCCUUCAAGGUCGCUGAGAAUGGAUUGGACGCCAUUUACGUGACUGCCAAGAGUCAGAUGCAAGAGACCCUGGUUACUAUCAUCCCACCUAUCAAGUACAAGCUCGAGUACCCCUCUGUUCACUACGCAGGUGCUGAUGCCCCUGGCUUUGACAUCGAAUACACUGAUCAGCUUCUUGAGGCUGUUGGUGGCAAGGUUCUCGAGAGUCUGCUCAAGAGCGUUGAGGACCCCUUCAUCAGCAAGUGGAUUAUUGCUGCCUUGACGCUUAGUAUCAUUCUCAACGGAUAUCUGUUCAAUGCUGCCCGGAGCUCCCCCCCUAAGGUGUACCCCAAGUUUAAGCCCAACGAGCAGGAGUCCACUCGCUCUCCUGAUGAGUUUGAAUUGUCCCUUCGUGGAAAGCUCCCUGGAUAUGCUCUUGAGAAGACUAUGGAAGACGAGAACUUGAUGAGCCGAGUGGAUGCCUUCACUCGUGCUGUUAAGAUUCGCCGAUCUGUUGUUUCUCGCACCCCUGCUACCGCUGACACUACCUCAUCAUUGGAGCACUCCAAGCUUCCCUACAAGCACUACAACUACGGUCUGGUUCACGGCGCCUGCUGUGAGAAUGUUAUUGGUUACCUGCCCCUCCCUCUUGGUGUUGCUGGUCCUAUCAAGAUCGAUGGCCAGAACUACUUCAUCCCCAUGGCUACUACCGAAGGUGUGUUGGUCGCCAGUACCAGCCGUGGUUCCAAGGCCAUCAACGCUGGUGGUGGUGCUGUGACUGUUCUGACCGGUGAUGGUAUGACUCGUGGUCCUUGUGUCAGCUUCCCGACUUUGGCUCGGGCUGCCGCUGCUAAGGUUUGGAUUGACUCCCCCGAGGGUCAAAGCAUUAUCUUCUCUGCGUUCAACUCGACCAGUCGUUUUGCUCGUCUCCAAAAUCUCAAGACCGCACUUGCUGGAACGUACCUUUACAUCCGUUUCAAGACCACCACCGGUGAUGCUAUGGGUAUGAACAUGAUCUCCAAGGGUUGUGAGAAGGCCCUUGAUGUCAUGUCUAAGGAGUGUGGCUUCGAUGACAUGUCCAUUAUCUCUCUCUCUGGUAACUUCUGUACUGACAAGAAGUCCGCUGCCAUCAACUGGACCGAUGGUCGUGGUAAGUCAGUCGUUGCCGAGGCCAUCAUCCCUGGUGAUGUUGUCAAGAGUGUGCUCAAGAGUGACGUCGCUGCUUUGGUUGAACUGAACAUCAGCAAGAACUUGAUUGGAAGUGCAAUGGCCGGUGCUCUGGGUGGUUUCAAUGCCCAUGCCUCUAACAUCGUUGCUGCCAUUUUCCUUGCUACUGGUCAAGAUCCUGCUCAGGUUGUCGAGAGCAGCAGUUGUAUUACCACCAUGAAGAACAACAACGGUGACCUUCAAAUCGCCGUUUCGAUGCCCUGCAUUGAGGUUGGUACUAUUGGUGGUGGUACUAUUCUGGAGGCGCAAGGAGCGAUGUUGGAGAUGCUUGGCGUCCGCGGAUCCCACCCCACUACCCCUGGCGAGAAUGCUCGCCAAUUGUCUCGCAUCAUCGCUGCCUCAGUUCUCGCUGGGGAGCUGAGUCUUUGCGCUGCUCUUGCCGCCGGCCACCUUGUCAAGGCUCACAUGGCCCAUAACCGCAGUGCGGCCCCUACUCGGUCGUCCACUCCGGUUUCGGCUGCCGUCAAGGCUACUCGUGGUCUCGCCAUGAGCACCCGAUAA